CUCGGCUCGCUAAUAAAUGGCUUGGGCUCGAGCUCAGCUCAUUUGUUAACGAGUCAAGCUCAAACUGGGGUAAAACUCGGCUCAGCUCGGCUCAUUUGCAGCCCUAGUAGUGAUAAGUGAAUCGAUCCGAUGUGGACUCCGGCGAUGGAAACUGCAUCGUAGCGUCGCCACGUGGAAGAUUCCCUCGUCAGCAGGCAAAGGAGCCAAAUUCCAAUCGCAAACAAACGACGGAAAGGCCCGGAAUAAUGAUACCAAUUUCUCCGUUCAAAAUCGCUACUGGCCGAAUAGUUCAGUCACUAAACAACCCUCCUGGCCGGCGGAUUCCUUGGCCAAUUCAUCAUCCAUGGCUUCCGCCUCCACCUGCGCUACGCCGCCGUUGCGUCGUUGCCCUUUCUUCUUCCCACCGACGUCAACCUCUCCAUGCCGCCGCCUGCUCCUAUUCCCAAUCCCACCUUCCGGCCGCAUCUUCUUCACCAUUUCAGCACUAAUCGACGAAUCUCCAAGCGCCAGCAGGACGGCGGCAUUCUUCUCUCAUCCGGCACGGCGGGAGAGGAGGCCACGUGUACCUGCGAAAGUGUUUUCGCAGCUGGGGUAUCCGAUUAUUUCCCCCGACGACCACUGGGGAACGUGGACGGCGCUCUUCGGGGCCGGAGCUUUCGGCGUCUGGUCCGAGAAGACGAAGCUGGGGAGCAUGGUGAGCGCGGCGUUAGUGAGCACGUUGGUAGGGCUUGCGGGGAGCAAUUUGGGGAUAAUCCCUCAUGAAGCGAAAGCGUAUUCAAUCGUUCUGGAGUUUCUGCUUCCAAUUACGAUUCCCCUGUUGCUGUUCAGAGCAGACUUGCGGAGUGUGAUUCAAUCUACUGGGAAACUGCUAUUGGCUUUCCUUCUUGGUUCAGCGGCCACUGUUAUUGGAACUUUAGUGGCUUUUCUGCUGGUGCCUAUGAGAUCACUUGGCCAGGACAACUGGAAGAUAGCUUCUGCUUUGAUGGGGAGUUACAUUGGUGGAGCUGUUAAUUAUGUUGCAGUUUCAGAAGCUCUGGGGACUUCCCCGUCUGUUGUGGCAGCAGGAAUAGCUGCGGACAAUGUGCUUACUGCUAUAUACUUCAUGGUUCUAUUUGCAAUGGCUGCUAAAACACAGCGUGAGCCAUCAAUGUCAACUAAUGAGGUUGAAGGGACUGCCAAAUCGGAGUCUGAAGCAAAGACGACUGUGCUACAGAUGGCUACAGCUAUUGCCAUCUCUAUCUCCAUAUGCAAGGCUGCAACAUUACUCACCCAGUCAUUCAAGAUCCAAGGAGGCACUCUCCCAGCUGUGACAGCUCUUGUUGUCAUCCUAGCAACAGCUUUUCCUGCUCAAUUCAGUUCUCUAGCCCCUGCUGGCGAUACCCUUGCUGUAGUUCUGAUGCAGGUGUUCUUCGCCGUGGUGGGAGCUGGUGGGAGCAUAAUGAAUGUCAUCAACACUGCACCUAGCAUAUUCCUUUUUGCUCUGAUUCAGGUAACGGUCCAUCUUGCUGUGGUUCUGGGUUUGGGAAAGCUGUUCCGGUUCGACUUGAAGCUAUUACUUCUAGCGUCCAAUGCCAACGUUGGAGGCCCUACGACGGCUUGUGGGAUGGCAACAGCUAAAGGAUGGAGUUCCCUGGUCGUCCCUGCGAUCCUCGCAGGCAUCUUUGGUGUCUCUAUCGCAACGUUUCUUGGCAUUGGGUUCGGCAUGAUGGUCCUCAGACACUUGUGAUCAUCAGAUUUCAACAGUAUAGAGGAAACCUAAAUCUUUUUCUUGGUUUCCUGCAUUUCCUUAGAGCAAAGCAUAUUCUGUUGCUCAUUGGAUGCUCCUGAAUAGAAUAUGGUUGCUUGCUGGAAAGUCCUCUUCUGGCAAAGUCAACUGCUUGUACUUUGUUUUUAUCAGGUCAACUGUACUUUCAUUAUUUGCCCAACUGUACUGCUUUUCUUAGCAGUCAGUGAUUACUGUACUGGCAGUAACAUACAAUGUUAGGAGGAGACUGAAUAGUGAAUACUGUUUGAUAAUUCCGACGAGGGUUUAUGUCGUGGUGGUAAUGUUACGAACUUAAUAGAUCAUCGAAUGAAGUACAGUAUGCUACCUGAAUACAAAAACCAGUACAGUAUGCUUCAUCGAAGACUUUUUUUCCCUGUACGAUUUCACGGAUGACGUGGACUUGGGGAUGUAUUAUAAAAACGUGGUACAGAAUGAAGUGCAGAGGAUCACCCAUCCCUCUUUUAGAAGAGAACAAACAAAUGAGGAACCUAAACGCCGUCGUUGGGGCAGUCUUGCUGGUUGCCUUAGUGGGAUGGCUGAUGAUAUGGGUAAUGCUGCCCACAAAGGCUUACAAGAAUUCAUGGGAUCCAAACCUUUCCUCCACCCACUUCAACUCGGUUUAUUUCCAAGGACAAGGGACGAACCUUCUGCUCUUCUCCUUUCCUGUCAUGUUCAUAGCUGCUUUGGGAUGUGUUUAUCUUCAUUUCCACACCAGACUCCAGGAACCCUUCUCAUCCUCCAAAAGAGAAGUCAAACCCAAACUAAUUUCUCCCUUGUGGAGGCCAUAUGUGAUCUCCCCGCUGGGCAUAGUCACAGGAGUGGAGCUGGCUUUCAUGGCGAUGUUCAUAGCACUCCUCAUCUGGUCCCUGGCCAAUUACUUAUACGUUAGUUUCGGCCACCUCCACAUGCACAAACAAGGAGAAAAGAUUUGGCAGGCCAAGUUUCGCAGCGUAUCACUGAGGCUAGGCUACGUUGGGAACAUAUGCUGGGCGUUUCUCUUCUUCCCUGUAACCAGAGGGUCUUCGUUGCUGCCUCUUCUAGGGCUCACUUCGGAGUCCACCAUCAAGUACCAUAUUUGGCUAGGCCACGUUUCCAAUGUCCUCUUUGCUCUCCACACAGUUGGGUUCGUCGUGUAUUGGGGGAUGACUGACCAAAUGUCUGAGAUGUUGGAGUGGAGCAGGACAUAUGUAUCGAAUGUGGCUGGAGAAAUAGCAAUGGUGAUAGCGGUGGUAAUGUGGGUGACCAGUUUUGGUCGUGUUAGGAGAAAGAUGUUCGAAGUCUUCUUCUACACUCACCAUCUCUACGUUUUGUACAUACUGUUCUACCUGCUCCACGUUGGUGCUGAUUACCUGUGCAUGAUCCUUCCUGGGAUGUUCCUUUUCAUGAUCGACCGUUACUUGAGGUUCUUGCAGUCUCAAAGGAACGCCAGAUUGGUCUCUGCUCGGCUCUUGCCUUGUGGUAGCGUUGAACUCAACUUCUCCAAGUGCCCUGGGUUGAAAUACAAUCCAACAAGCAUAUUGUUCAUAAAUAUCCCCACCAUUUCCAAGCUGCAAUGGCAUCCUUUCACUGUCACUUCAAAUAGCAACUUGGAGCCCAAUAAUCUCAGUUUGGUCGUAAAAAGUCUUGGAAGUUGGUCACGAAAACUUUCCCAACAAAUAUCCUCCUCCGUGGAUCGUCUCCAAGUCUCAGUUGAAGGCCCCUACGGACCCAUUUCAUCCCAUUUUCUCCGGCACGAGGAACUAGUGCUAAUCAGUGGUGGAAGCGGAAUCACUCCCUUCAUCUCCAUAAUCCGCGAAAUCAUCUUCCAGAGCUCAAACCCUAACCCACAAAUCCCAUCACGAAUCCUUCUUGUUUGCGCUUUCAAGAACUCCACGGAUCUCGCCAUGCUCGACCUCCUGCUGCCCUUCGAUGGCACGCCCCAUCCGAUUCCCGAGUUGUUGAACCUUCAGAUCGAAGCCUACGUCACCAGAGAGAAAGACCAGCCCACCGAUUCUGAGAAACAACCGGCCCAAACCAAACGGUUCAAUCCGGCCCAAUCGGACAGGCCCAUCUCGGCGAAUCUCGGGCCCAACGCAUGGCUCUGGCUCGGUGCAAUAAUAGUGUCAUCUUUCGCCCUGUUCGUCGUCCUCCUCGGGGUUGUGACUCGGUUUUAUAUCUACCCGAUUGACCGAAAUGCCCACGACGGCAGCUACCACUACUCCUACUUCGUCCUCUGGGACGUCUUCCUCGCCUGUGCCGGCGUACUCGCUGUCUCUUCUGCGGUUUUCCUCGUCAAGAAAAGGAGGGAUUUGGCGGAAGGGAACAGAGUGAAAGGCUUGGAAAUGGGAGUUUCGCCGCCGGGAAGUUUUGCCGGAGAGGUGGAAAGCGUUCCCGUGCAGUGCGUUGCUGGAGCUACCAACGUGCAUUUUGGACGGAGGCCUGAUCUCAAGAGGAUACUGAUGGAUUGCGGAGCGUCGGACGUUGGGGUGAUGGCUUGUGGGCCUAGAUCGUUGCGGCAUGAAGUAGCCCAGAUCUGUUCGCCAGGCUCGGCCCAAAAUCUGCACUUUGAGUCCAUUAGUUUUAAUUGGUGAUCCACUACUGUCUUCUCAAAUUCCUCACUUUUCUGUGUCAAAUAUGGAUUUGGAGUUGUCAGAAGUUUGACAAAAGUAAAUCCUUUGUGUACUCAAAGACAAAUAAAGAGAAUAAGAAGCUGUAUUCUGUACAAUAUGGUGUUUGUUUGGGUCGAAGUAUUGCAUUUUAUCUCUCAAUUAUUUUGGUUUCUGAUAUAAAUAAAUAAUGUUACCG